AUUUACCCGAUCAUGCAUAUAAAUGGCAACCAUUUAUUCAAAACUAACCAAAGUUAUUAUAAAAGCAAAUGGACUCUCUGUUUCUAUGAGCUCAUUGGAAACGUCGACAAAACCGCAAGCAAAUUAUUUAAAAAUGAAGCCGAUACUUUGGCAAAAGUCUCAUGCAGGCAAUGCUUCGACAAAUUUCGCAGCAGUAAAUAAACAGCGAUCGCUGCUAAAUGUUUUUAAUAACGAACAGCGUGCACGAAGCCCUAGCAGUCCGAGUAGAUUUGGCAGCCGUAUCCUUAAACCGGACAAAACAUAUGAGCACAUCGCCUUGGCUAAAACCGGAUCGGCGAGUGAUGUCCUCCAUGGACAGAAACGUAUGUUUGUGCUGUACAUAUCUUUUUGUUAG